UUCAAAACCCUUUCUUCCCAUAAGUAUAAUUAGGUUUCAAUUCAUUGUUUUUGAGACCAAAAAGUAUACAGGCUAGCUAUGCCCUAAUUUUUGUGUUUUCUUAAUUUUUCUGGGCAUAAAAUGGGUUGAGGGUGUCAGAAAUUGUUUGCUUAUGUGUAUUGCAUUUGUUCUUUCACAGAAUGUUGCUUAGUAUGGUCUUGAAAUUUUUGUUAAUUCUGAGCAAUAUAUCCUGAAAUGUUUAAAUACAUUAAUAUCUCACAUUAUCAUUGUAAGACAUAUUAUCUGUAUAUACUUAAGCACAAAUCUAGACAAUUAAGUGGUUAAACUAUAACAUAAUUUUAACUAUGUUUUAUAUAUAAUAUAAAUACAAAAAUUCUUUUCACUGUAGCCUAAAUAUUUUCACUUACUUUGCAUCUUUUUAAAAGUAUACACAAAUAUUGGCUAAAUUAGGGCAGUUACUAAUCCAUAUGUUAAUAAAAGUAGGUAAUGAGCUCAAGUGGUAGAGCACAUGCUUAGCAUACAGUAGAUCCUGGGUUCAAUCCCCAGUACCUCCUUUAAAAAAAUAAAUAAGUAAACCUAAUUAACUCCCCUUAAAAAUAAAUAAAAGUUGCAAUACAUAAAAAAAUAAUAAAAUAAAAAUAUAAUAAAAAUAGGUAAUGAGGUCUAAAAAUGACAGCUGUUGUAACCUAGUGGUAAAUUGGUUCGAAAUAGGUUUGCGGUUGUUGAUGCCCUUAUUUAAAAUGAGGCAAACAUAAAUAACUGUGUAGUGUGGAUUUCAAGAUUUGCAGAAAAGUGUAAAAUUACUUGUGUUCUCUUAAGGCCUUAAGAGAUGUCACAAAAAUAAGUGACAUUCCAGGUAACAUAUAAACAUUUUCAGAAUAAGCUAUUUUAUUCUUCCAAAUGCUUCUCAUUCUUGGGGAGAGAAUUAUUGAGUGUUAUCUAUGCAUAUUUAGCAGAAAUAAGAUCCUAUGUAUGAUGAUUUCCAUAGGAUGGUGCAGUAUUAAGUUAGGACUCUAAGCGUCGCUGUUCACUAACCCCGGGUAAGGAAAGCAAUGAGAACUCAAGUUAUAUCCUCCAAGCACAAAGCAAAUCAGACAGGACAGCUCUGCAGCUGCGCAGAAAUUCUGCCCUAGAGCGUUUCGCGUCUGGUCUCUGCUUGUUUAUGGACCUUGACCUCCAAUUCUGAGAAGCCCCAAAUUGAUGCGAACCUGUUCCACCUUACUUAUAAUCCCAGGGAAGUCCAGAACGAGCCAGUAAUGGCGGCUCUGCAAAGGCACCGGCACCACGGCGGGUUAGUCCUCCUCUUACUGCUCCUGAGGACCCUGUGGGGGGCCGGGGCCGGGCCGAUCCGUUACUCCAUUCCUGAGGAGCUGGACAAAGGCUCCUUCGUGGGCAACAUCGCCAAGGAUCUCGGGCUGGAGCUCCGGGAACUGGCAGGGCGCGGAGUCCGCAUCGUCUCCAGAGGUAGGACACAGCUUUUCGCUCUGAACAUGCAAAGUGGCAACUUGAUCACUGCGGGCAGGAUAGACCGGGAGGAGCUCUGCGCGCAGAGCGUGCCUUGUCUGGUGAGUUUUAACAUCCUCGUUGAGGAUAAAUUGAAUCUUUAUCCCGUAGAAGUGGAAAUAGUGGACAUUAAUGACAAUGCACCCCGAUUCUUAAGGGAAGAAUUGGAAGUGAAAAUUAUCGAAAACGCAGCCCUAUCCUCUCGGUUUUCACUAAUGGAGGUCUUUGACCCGGAUGUGGGAGUGAACUCUCUCCAGGGCUUCAAGCUUAGCGGGGACAGUCACUUCUCAGUGGAUAUGCGAAGCAAAGCCGAUGGGCUGAAAUACCCUGAGCUGGUGCUGGAGGGGGCCCUGGAUCGGGAGGGAGAGGCCAUUCACCACCUGGUCCUUACUGCCAUCGAUGGUGGUGACCCUGUCCGCUCAGGUGUGGCUCGAAUUCUGGUAACUGUCCUAGAUGCAAAUGACAAUGCUCCGGUGUUUACUCAGCCUGUGUACCGUGUGAGUGUUCCUGAAAACCUGCCAGUAGGUACAACAGUGUUAUCGGUAAAUGCCACGGACCAGGAUGAAGGAGUCCAUGCAGAAGUAACAUAUUCUUUUGUGAGGAUAGCAGAAAAGAUCUCAAAGACUUUCUGCUUGAAUGUUUUUACUGGAGAAAUAUCAACUUCUGCAAAUCUAGACUAUGAGGACUCUAGCUUUUAUGAGCUGGAUGUUGAAGCCCGGGAUCGGCCAGGUCUACUAGACAGAGCAAAAGUUUUAGUAACUAUCUUGGAUGUGAAUGACAAUGUGCCAGAAGUGGUAGUUACAUCUGGAAGCAGAUCCGUUGCUGAAAAUACACCUCCAGGAACAGUGAUCGCUCUUUUUCAAGUAUACGAUCGAGACUCUGGGCUGAAUGGCCUGGUAACAUGUUCUAUCCCAAGAAGUCUGCCAUUUGAACUGAAAAAAUCCAUAGACAAUUAUUAUCAAUUAGUGACCAAUACAGUUCUAGAUCGAGAGCAAGUGUCCUUGUACAACAUCACUGUGACAGCCACAGACAAAGGAAUGCCGCCCCUGUCUACAGAAACUCUCAUCUCCCUAAACGUGGCAGACACCAAUGACAACCCACCUGCCUUCCUCCACUCCUCCUACUCUGUCUACAUCCCUGAAAACAACCCCAGAGGCGCCUCCAUCUUCUCCGUAACUGCGCAUGACCCUGACAGCCAUGAGAAUGCCCAGAUCACAUACUCUCUUUCUGAAGGCACCGUCCAGGGGGUACCCCUCUCCUCCUACAUCUCCAUCAACUCUGAUACCGGCAUCCUAUAUGCAUUGCACUCCUUCGACUAUGAGCAGUUCCGUGACCUUCAGUUGAGAGUGACUGCAAGUGACAGUGGGGACCCACCACUCAGCAGUAAUGUGUCACUGAGCAUAUUCGUGCUGGACCAGAAUGACAACACACCUGAGAUUCUGUAUCCCACCUUCCCCACUGACGGUUCCACGGGGACCUACUCCCACGAGGUGUCGCUCACCGCGGACUCGCGGAAGAGUCACGUGAUCUUCCCUCAGCCCAACUAUGCGGACACGCUCAUCAGCCAGGAGAGCUGUGGGAAAAGCGAGCCUCUUUUGAUUCAGGAAGAUUCAGAUUUUUAUAAAGAGCAAGAUUCCCUUGUUCAGAGCGCUCCACGCAGAUAUACCGGCAUCCAGAAGCACAACAAGAGCUGGUCCAGUGUCUAA